AUAACAAUGACCGAAAUUUGCUACUACUUGGUAGCAUAACAGUACACUCCUCUGCUUAUGAGCUUACAAAUAUCUCGGAGCUCUACCUAUACAUGGAUAUUUAGGUCCCAAAUGCAUAGGGCAUCUGCCCCCCUUCAUCACUAUCCUGUACUGCCCAACCAUGUUAUGAGUCGGGCAUCCACGAUGCCUACCUACAAUGUCUUUCCCACCUAACCCCGCCAGUGUGAAAACUAAUGAUUUAUACCGAUCACUACCCAUGAAGCACCGGCCUUUACUAUCUUAGAGUUGACACUGCUUUUGCUGCCGCACCUUGAAAACAGCUUGAAUACUACCCAACAAAUCAGCUUUGCCAUAUCCCAUUAUUCCUUUAUUUUGCUGUAUUUCCCAGCACCAAGCCUGAUACAGAUAUUUUACUGAUUGUUUGAUGCCCCUCUCGCACGCCUAAGAAUUCUUAAUCAUGUCUACUUUACUAAAUAACUGUCCGUUUUGUGGGCAAGCUACGGAUAUCUCAAAUACACUCACAGGCUUCAUGGUGAACCCAUACUGCAGCCAGUGUGGCCUAUCAGCAACCGAAAGUACCCUCAACUUACCAGACGAUCUUGUAACACUCUUUGACAAGAGUAUGAAUAUUGGGUUUCCGUUGUCUCCAGGAGAAGACCUUGGAAAAUGUUUCCCCCAUGGCUCUUCAGCAAUGUAUAGUGUCUCACAGCACUAUCACCAUUCUGCACAUAUAGCUCGCCAGAGUGCUACAGAAGAUUCCUUGGGAGUGAAAGCCAGUAUACAUAGCAAUAGCACUGAUUGUAUCGUCGCCGAGAAACUCAGACAGCAUCAAAUUGAUCACUCGUCCCUUUCAUCAAAGCAAUUGGAGCUUUUCGAGCGUGCGGUACCAGAACAACAACUACGACUUAUACAGAUCUGGCAGAUUUCUCCAGAACACCGCUAUAACAUCGGCGGAAACAGCCUUCCGAUGCCGGAAAAAUCGGAUAGACCUAGCAUUGCAACAGAAGCAUCAAAUCCAUUCUAUCGGACAUUUGCAGCUGAUGGUCAGACACCAGAGGAUGGCGUGCAGUAUGCCGAGCCCUAUAUGCUUAGUGGAUACGAGGCAAUGGCCCAAGAAAACAAUGAACUCUCUGCAAAACAGGUCAUGUGCGUGGUAAACGAACCAACAAGAGGAUCGCUUUACAGGCUUGCAAGUGACCCUGUAUAUUACUAUUGUCAGAGUAGGAGAUGGUGGGAAACUGAACAAUCAGGCGCAUUGAACAAUUAGUAUGGGCUGUUGGAGAUAUACCGCCAUUUCUACUGUGGUCUACCUCAUCCUGAACAGCGAAACUAAAGAGGCUUAUCGGAUUUAUUCACAACGCCAACUGCGUCAACUGGUAGAUUUUGUUGCCUAGGUCUACUAUUGCCAUAGCCGGGUAUUUUUAAAUACCUAGGCCCUGCUUGUUACUAACGUAGUCUCUUCGACGGUGAUGAAUAGAAAAUGUUGGAAGAACCGGAGAGUCCCCCCGAGUAUGUAGAAAGGGUGGUGUUACAAGGCAGCCGGGGAAAUGAG